AUAAGGAUGCGCCGCGCUCCUGCAUCUGUUGUGAUUCGGCUGUAGUUUUAAGCACUGUACGCGUUUUAAUCGAUACAAUUCGUUCAAUCACUCUUAUGUGCUUUAUAAACGACGCGACGGGGUUUUUUUCUUCCUUUGUCUGUAACGCUGGAAUGCUUUAUCCAAGUUCAACACACGUUAUUCUGUGUGAGGAAAACCACAUCCAUACGAAUAACAGUAAACGAGCGGCCUAUUUCGCGAGUCAGUCUGACAUAAACACGAGUUUGUCAGUGAUGAGCAGUAAUGGAGAAUAAAAGCGUCCAGAAAAGCCGAAUUAAAUGAAUAAAAUGCUUCAGAGAAUGAGGACUUGUUUUGAAGCGCGCUGGCGACACCUGCUGGUCACAACAGCAGAGACAAACGAGGACAGAGGACAACUUUUACAAACUUAAGUUACCUCACAUGCUUGAUGAAAAAGACCUCAUGAAAGGCCGGUGACAUCCACAGUUUACUAAAGCGAUGGCGUUUAUUAAAGAGGAGUGUGAGGAUAUCAAGACUGAAGAUGUAUUCAUAGUCAAAAUGGAGGAUGCAGAGGAACACACAGACCCGUUGCCGGUGAAAGAGGAGAGUCAAGAACUGGAUGAAGUGGAAGAGAAAGGUCCUUUUGAGAAUUAUCAACAUUUCGUAACUGGAGGACAAUCAUUUCAUCGUGCACGGACUGACAGAACUUCCUCGCAAGAAAAAGUGCAAGAGAUCGACCCUAUAAGCUACUUCAUCUGCUUUCAGUGUGGGAAAGGUUUCACUCAGAAGGGAAGCCUCAACAGACACAUGAGAACUCACACCGGAGAGAAGCCUUACUCCUGUCCUCUGUGCGGAAAGAGCUUUAACCAGCACGGAAACCUUGAAGUGCACAUGGGCGUCCACAGCGGAGAGACCCCUUUCGCCUGCCAACAGUGUGGGAAAAGUUUCAGCCGAAAAGGAAAUCUUAGGUAUCACAUGAGAGUUCACACCGGGGAGUGUCCGUUCACUUGCCAACAGUGCGGAAUAAGCUUCACUGCGAAAGGAAGUCUUACCAGACACAUGAGAAUUCACACCGGAGAGAGACCAUACACGUGCUCCGAGUGUGGAGAGAGCUUUGAACAACACGGAAGCCUUAAGGUCCACAUGAGAACUCACACCGGAGAGAAGCCUUACACAUGCCAGCAGUGUGGAAAGAGCUUCGAUCAGCACGGCAACCUUAAAGUCCACCUGAGAAUUCACACGGGAGAGAAACCGUACGAGUGUCCUCAGUGUGCGAAGACUUUCGAUCAACACGGAAACCUCAGUGCACAUGAGAAUUCACUCCGGGGAAAAGCCGUAUACGUGUCCCCAGUGUGGGAACAGCUUUACUCAGAAAGGACACCUUGAAGUUCACAUGAGGAUUCACACCGGAGAGAAGCCUUUCACCUGCCAACAGUGCGGGAAGUGUUUUAACCGCAAAGGAAUCCUUAGUAAGCAUGAGAGAACUCACACCGCACGCUCUUCCGGUGGAAAUGUGGAGAUGAAUAUGUAAACGUCUGCAGUGCAUAUUCCUCUCGGUGAGAUGUAACUUUUGUAAAAAUAUGCUCAUAGAAAUAGUAAGCAUGCUCAUGGAAAUGGGCCGCUCUGCUCAGCCCAAAUGAACUCCCGGAUAAUCUUCACAGGCCGGUGGUAGGUACACACAGUUUUUCAGUUUCAUUUCACUUUAACAAGAUGUUUGAAAACUUGAAGUGGCUUCGUUGUGGAAAGAGUUUAGCAAUUAAAAAUGUCCACUC